AUGGCGAUGUCGGGUUUGCCACCAGGAACUGCGCCGAUCAAGUCUGAGUUCCUCGUGUCAUUUGCUCCUCGCGAUUUGCCCGACGACGACGCAGCGGAAGGAAGCACGACCCAUGCGAACGGGCGGAGGGACGACGCCGAUCCAGAUCCGGAGGGCGGGAAAAGGCUCUCUGGUGCACAGCGCAAAGCGCUCGCCAAGGAGGAGCGGAAGAACAAACGCGGGGCGAACAAGGGUCGUCGAUUCCAAAAGGUGCGGGAUGAGGUCGAGCUAUGCUGGAAGGUCGCCACCGGUAAAGCCUGCGAGUUUGGUGCAGAAUGCCGGUUCACGCACGAUACAUCUGCAUACCUCUCCGCGAAGCCACGAGAUGUACACUUCCCGACCUCUGAGGAUCUGACAAACAGCCCGCCAUUCGUGCGGCCACUUGUGGACGAAGAGAUGAUCAACGAGAAACAUCCAUCGGUAGACUUCUCCACUAGAUGUCCCAUAUUUGAGCGCACCGGAGAAUGCAAGCACGGCCUGAAGUGUCGCUUUCUUGGAGGACAUGUUCGUGAAGGCGAGGGCGCUAUCCUGGAACUCAACAUAAACGAGGACAGGAAGGCAGACGCAGCGAUCGCUGAGACUGAAGUGAACUUCAUAGACGCAAACACUCUGAAGCUCAUCAGAACGAAAAAGUAUCCGCAACCAAUCUCCGAAGCGUAUCUCAAGGUAUUACUAGAAUCAACUGGUGAUGAUGAAAAGGGCGGUAAGGGUAGCCAGCCAGCCGACGGCGAAAUUCAGCCUGCUCAGAAGAUCAUGGGAACUGCAACGACACAGGAAGAUACAUCUCAGAAUGACACUCCCGAUGUCCCCAUCCGCUUCGCAGAGAAAAAGAGAUUAAAUUGGCAUGGUAAAACGUACCUCGCACCACUGACAACUGUCGGGAAUUUGCCAUUUCGCCGGCUUUGUGUCGAAUAUGGCGUGGACAUCACUUGCGGCGAGAUGGGCCUUGCGCUCUCCUUCCUGCAGGGCUCAAAGGAGGAGUGGUCACUUGUGCGGCGACAUCCCUCUGAGUCCAUAUUCGGCGUGCAGCUCGCCGGCAGCAAGCCUUCACUCCUGGUUCCUGCAGCGGAGACCAUCGGGCGCGAAUGCGCCGGAACCCUUGACUUUGUCGACCUCAAUUGCGGGUGCCCUAUUGAUCUCGUAUACAAGCAAGGUAGCGGGUCUGCAUUGCUUGAUGCGGCAGGUAAGCUCGGUAAGAUCAUCGCCGGCAUGAACAAAGCACUGGGAGAAAUCCCAAUGACGGUGAAAUUGCGAACCGGGGUAAAGGACGGGAAGAACAACGCGCACAAGCUCAUGCCUCGCGUUGCUGCUGAGUUUGGGGCAUCCGCGAUAACGCUUCAUGGCCGCACUCGACAACAACGGUACACCAAAGUGGCUGAUUGGGAUUACAUCAAACAAUGCGUCGAGGCUGUACGCGCGCGAGAGGCGGAUGAAGAUCUGCCGCCUGUGCCUAUCUUCGGCGGCGGUGACUGCUUCUCAUCCGAAGAUUACUGGCAAAAGAUGGAGAGCAGCGGGGUCGACGGUGUGAUGAUCGGGCGCGGCGCCCUCAUUAAGCCAUGGAUCUUCACCGAGAUUAAGGAGCGGAGAGAGUGGGAUAUCAGCUCGCGAGAACGCCUGGAGCUCGCUCGUAAGUACGCCGAAUACGGCCUGAACCACUUUGGUUCAGACACAGCCGGUGUGAACACCACGCGUCGCUAUCUUUGUGAAGCCCUCUCGUUCCAAUACCGUUACAUACCAAUCGGCCUGCUCGAGACGCUCCCCGCACGCAUCAAUGAUCGUGCCCCAGCAUUCCGCGGUCGAGACGAAUUAGAAACGUUACUGGCAAGCGCGGACAGCAGAGACUGGGCUAUUGGUAGCCGCUUCAUCCCCCGCCCGCUCACUGUCCACCUCCUCCGACUCGUCAACAUGGGCCGCGUUCGCACCAAAACCACCAAGAGGGCCUCCCGUGUGCUCAUCGAGAAGUACUACCCUCGCUUGACUCUCGACUUCCACACCAACAAGCGAAUCAUCGAUGAAGUGGCUGUUGUUCCCUCAAAACGCCUCCGUAACAAGAUCGCAGGCUUCACGACUCAUUUGAUGAAGCGUAUUCAGCGCGGCCCGGUCCGCGGUAUCUCCUUCAAGCUGCAGGAAGAGGAGCGUGAGCGGAAGGACAACUACGUGCCAGAAGUCUCGGCACUUGACACAAGUGUCAACGGUCUGGAGGUUGACCCUGAUACCAAGGACCUUCUCCACUCCCUGAACUUUGAUUCAGUGCAAGUCAACGUGGUGACGCCUGUGCUCGCUCAACCCGAGCGCGGCCCUCGACGCGAGCGACGGAACGUUCCUGGUGCGGGUCGUUCUUAAAGCGUGCAGUUGUUCGUGGAGAGGCCUGCUAGCCGUUAUUGCGACUCAUAUGUGACAUAUGCUAUGUAUUCAUUUUCGCCUUCAUGAGCAUCGCACGGCAUGACCUGAUAUGGCCCUCUACGCCAAGCUGGCACUCCUUUUGCACAAGACCCGCUUCUGAUCCGGUGUGGUUACCUGUGAAGAAUAUUGACCUACUACGGUUGUUCACGGCAAUAUGUUUGGUACCUAUAAGGUCUUUCGCCGGCCUAUGCAUUGUGCAGUAAUGAAUCAGUGGUGCAUAACUG